GCCUAGCUAUGGAAGUAGAAGUUGGCUUUGACUAUAUAUAGUCAACAUUAGUAAUAAAGAGAAAGCAGAGGCAGAGAUGCCGAGCAUUUGCUGAAUUAUUAAAGUACAUGGCCGCUUUGCGAGACAAGAUCAGACAAAUAAAGUUAAUCUGUCAACUGUUUGUGGUAUUAAGUGUGUCUUUAGGGAUGAUGCAGAAGGUUCUCUGAGAAUUGAAUGAGAAUGGCAAUGGCAAUGGCAAUGGCAAUGGUAAUGGUUUGUGCUGUUUUCAGAACAGGUUCGCGCUGUUUGGGCAUUAGGUUUGUGCUUGUUUUCUUCCAGCACGUGCUGGAAAUCGAAACAUCACGCCCUUUCUCUUCAGGCUCAGAUCUCUGCACAAGAGUAUGUGAUGAGCAUAAAGGGUUGUAUGGUGCACAGGCACAACAUCUUAAUAACAUGAUCAACUCAAGAGAAUGUGUCAAUGUUCCUUCAAAAAGCUGAAUGGCCUAUAUGAGGAAUGAACAAAUAUUGACAGGGUAUAUUGCCUCUGCUGCACAAGCAAUGAUAAUAAACAGCCAUUUUAUGCAGGAAUCCCAUAUAACACCGCACAUAUUGUAUGUUAACGAUUGUCUUUAUAGUAGUCCACUUAACUUUCAGUGGACAUUCUAACAACAGUCCUGCAUCGUUCUUAGGGGCUCAAUUGCAAUAGAAGCUUUUAAGGCUAUCAUAAACUGUAAUCAAAGUUGUAUUAUAGUAAAAGCGGAAAAAGUGAUCAGUUGACAUCUGACAAAUUCAGAUUUAUAAUCCUUUUCAAAUGUCCCCUUCGAUGAUCAUUUCAGUCCUCCUGGGGAGCA